AUGGCUAUCGUGGUCCCUCCCAAUCCGCUGCCGCGAGACGUCAAUGUUGGACCGAUCCUCUUAGGCUUGACGCUGACCCUUCUGGGCUUCGUCUUCAUCACCACCUUCCUUCGGAUUUACGCGCGGUUAUCUCUGCGCACAGCAGGAUGGGACGACUACACCAUGAUGGCAGCCGUGGCCGUGGUCAUUGUCCGCGUGAGCAUACAAAUCAUUCAAGUGGUUGAGUACGGUAAUGGCCGGCACCGCUGGUUCAUCAGCGCGGAGGACUACGUCAACAAUAACCGGCUCGGCUGGUUCGCACAGAUCACUCUCUUCGUGGGCAACUGUCUCGUCAAGAUUUCCAUCAUUUUUUUGAUGCUGAGGAUCAAAGAGUCGCGGUCUCUGAAGAUCGUGCUCGGCAUCAUGAUGAUCGGGCUGAUUAUUACCAAUUUGGGUGUUGUUGUCAUUUUGCUUGCGGAGUGUCGCCCCAUCUCAACCUUUUGGGAAGGACCCGCGGUGACUGGAGGAAAGUGCUGGAACACUAAGAUUCGGAUUUAUUAUAUUUACUUCACCAUUGCAUACUCACUCGCCACCGACUUCUUCUGUUCUUCCCUCCCCAUCAUCGUCGUCUGGAAAGUCCAGCUUCCUCUCAAGAAGAAGGUUUCCCUAUGGGCACUCAUGAGCCUAGGUCUACUCGCCACCGGAUUUGGCGUAGGUCGAGCCGCAUCGCUUGGUCUUGGCACAUCUGAUCUCAGCUACGACUUCGCCAUCGCCGCCAUCUGGUCCAACGCCGAGCUCUUCCUGGCCAUCAUCGGCGCCAACCUCGCCAUCUCCCGCUCGAUCUACCGCUUUCUUCGCCAUGGCAAGAACAUCUCCCAUUCCACUAACGUCACCGGGAACCCGUCCUCG